UUGUUUAUAAAGCAAGUUCAAUAUUAUUAAGACUUAUUUCGUAGCAAAACUAUGUAAAUCAUAUUUAAAAUGAAUAGUUUUAUUCUAAUCGUGUUUUGUGUAAUCAUACUGACUGCUAAUGUGACAGCGAAUGAGAAGUACGUCGUUUGCUAUUACGGAACAUGGGCAGCGUAUAGGAAUGGCCUCGGAAAAUUUGACGUGGAUAACAUCAAUACAGAAUUAUGCACGCAUAUCGUUUACACAUUUCUCGGAAUAAAUAAGAGAGGAACUGUUGUAUCUUUAGACCCCUACUUGGAUUAUCCUGACGAUUGGGGUAAAGAUAAUUUAAGGAAAUUCAUUACACUUAAAGAUCAAAAUCCGAAUGUUAAGUUGAUAUUAGCUGUUGGAGGAUGGAACGAAGGAUCAGCUAAAUAUUCCAUUAUGGCAGCAACUCCCAAAAUUCGAAAGAAUUUCAUCACCAGCUCUAUUCAAAUUAUUCAAAAAUAUGGCUUCGAUGGCUUAGAUAUCGAUUGGGAAUAUCCAAACCGUGGCGAUUCUGUCUUUGGUCAAGACGAUAUUGAUAAUUUCACUCAGCUCUUAAAAGAAUUGAGAGAAGAAUUUGAUAAGCAUGGAUUACUCUUGAGCGCUGCUGUUGCUUCUGUAAAAUCAAUGGCAUCUUUAUCAUAUGAUAUUCCAGCGAUUAGUCAAUAUUUAGAUUUAAUAAAUGUAAUGUCAUACGACAUGAGCAUACCUUCUGACCUAGUUACUGGUCACAAUUCUCCUCUUCACAAGCGCGAAAGUAAUGUAGUUAUAUCAAAGGAAAAUCUGAAGUCUGUUGAUGGUGUUUUGGAGUAUUGGCUUAAGCAAGGUUGUCCACCAGAAAAACUUAUCCUAGGCUUACCACUUUUUGGUCAUACGUUCAAAUUAUCGGAUGUAAAAAAUAAUGGAGUUGGAGCUUCAUCAAAUGGUCCUGGAAUUUCGGGACCUUACACCGCUACGAAUGGAUUAAUCGGAUAUAAUGAAUUAUGUUUGAAGUUGCGUAAAGAAGCUUGGGAUAUAAAAUACGAUAAUUCUUCUAAAGUACCUUACGCAGUGCAAGGAAAGAACUGGAUUUCUUAUGACGAUGCAAAAUCAUUAACAGCUAAAGUAAAAUAUGCCUUACAAUUUAAUAUCGCUGGAAUUAUGCUCUGGAGUAUUGAAACUGAUGAUUUUCUUGGGAUUUGUCAAUCAGACGAUUAUCCCUUGACGAGAGCUGUAAAUAUUGCUUUAGGAAGGUCUAUUGAAUCUUCCCCUACCCAAGGAUCGUCGACAUCAAGUCCCUCUACGUCAAAACCACCAACUAUUGAUCCAAUAGAAGAAUUUCAUUGUAAGGACACGGGAUUUUACGCAAAUCCCGAGGAAUGUUCGUCUUACUUCUACUGCGUCAAAAGCGCUAGUGGCAAUUUGGUACCAAAACUCCUUCAUUGUCCGGGAAACCUUCAUUGGGACCAGAAGAAUCAACUCUGCAAUUAUCCUGAUCAAGCAAAUUGUUAUGCUUAAAUUUUAUUUUUUCAUAUAUGUCUGAAAAGCUCAUCACUAUCCUUUCGAAGUUUCAUAUCAGUUAUAUUCUAAUGCUAAGAUGCUCGAUAUAAAUUGGACGUUGGUAUAUCUUUUUGAGAUUAAUUAAGCGUUUGGCCAAUCAUCAUGGAAGUUGGCACAUAUGUUUUUUUUUUAUUGGAAAAGUUUUUGUAUUAUAUAUUUUGUGACAUCUCGUUAUCUGGUGCUGCACUUCAACUUCUAUACCAUUCAAGCGAUUACCAUGAAAAUAAUUGGUAUAUAAUACACCAGCAGGAUUACGUUUCUUGAAAUCUUCUUAAAUGUAAACUAUAAAAGCCUUUUGCCAAACAUAAUUUUAAUUUAAUUUAGUUUAUAGUAUAGGUUGGCGGACGGGCAUAUAGGCCACCUGAUGGUAAGUGGUCACCAAUGCCCGUAGACAGUGGCAUUGUAAGAAAUGUUAACCAUCGCUUACAUCGCCACCAACCUUGGGAACUUAGAUGUUAUGUCCCUUGUGCCUGUAAUUAUACUGACUCACUCACCCUUCAAACCGGAACACAACAAUAACAAGCACUGCUGUUUUGAGGUAGAAUAUCUAUCUAGAAAUGCGGUAGAACAUCUAGAUUAUUUUUAAUGUGAUAUAGCUUAGUACAAUUAUUUUGUAACAUUUUGUAAGUGUGGUAUGAAAAUGUUAUGUAUUAGUCACACACUAUCACCAUAAUGUACCCAAAAGAUUAUCAGUAUAAAUUAAAUCGAUUAGCACUA